AUGGAAAACAAUUCUGAUAAAAGUGAAGAACUUCUCGAGGAUGAUGGUGGUGAUCUUGACAUCGACAGUAAUCAAGUCUUUGGAAUCGGAAACAACGAUGUGGAAACGGAAUCCUUAUUUGGAAUCGAAGGUGAUGACAUGGAAAACGACAAUGAGUUAGUCCUCGACAUCGAAACCAACGAACACGAAAACGGAAACGAACAAAUCCUCGAGUUUGAAAGAAAUGAUCUUGAAAAUGGCAACCAUGAUCAAGAAAACGUACCCGAACACAAUUCCAUUCCUCCAAUCGUGGGAAUGGAAUUCGAGUCAUAUGAAGACGCUUACAAGUACUACAACUGCUACGCUAAAGAACUUGGAUUUGGAAUAAGGGUAAAAUCGUCAUGGACAAAACGUAACAGCAAAGAGAAACGAGGCGCUGUUUUAUGUUGCAAUUGUGAAGGGUUCAAGACUUUGAAAGAAGCAAGUACAAGAAGAAAAGAAACAAGAACAGGUUGUAUGGCAAUGAUAAGAUUGAGAUUAAUCGAAUCAAAUAGAUGGAGGGUAGAUGAAGUCAAACUUGAACACAAUCACUUAUUCGACCCCGAAAGAGCCCAAAACUCAAAGUCCCACAAAAGGGCAGAAUCGGUAAAACGAAAACCAGAGCCAAUCGCUGACGUGGAAGUCCAAACAAUCAAGCUCUAUCGAACACCAACCAUGGAUACAGUAUGUUACGGGAGCUCAAACGAAAGAGACUUCGAUAACGAAUCUGGGAAAGCCAAAAGGUUAAAUUUAAAUAAAGGGGACACGAAAAUAAUCCAUGAUUAUUUUUGUAGGGUUCAGUUAAUAAACCCUAAUUUCUUUUACAUUAUGGAUUUUAGUGAUGACGGGUUUUUAAAGAAUGUGUUUUGGAUCGAUUCAAGAGCAAGAGCUUCUUACAACUACUUUGGAGACGUAAUUGCCCUUGAUACAACAUGCUUGAAGAACAAAUAUAAAGUCCCUCUUGUGGUAUUUGUCGGGUCAAACCACCAUGGUCAAACCAUUCCUCUUGGUUUUGCUUUACUCGCAGACGAAAGUCAACAAACUUACACUUGGUUGUUACGCACAUGGUUGACUUGUAUGGCGGGCCGCCCUCCACAAACCAUAAUCACCGACCAAAGUACAACGCUACAAACGGUAAUCACCGAAAUUUUCCCCAGGGCCCACCAUCGCCUUUUUUUGCCACUUGUCAUCGAAUUCAUUCUCGAAAAUUUUGGAAAUUUAGAGUUGUUUCAAACGGUGUUGAGUAACAUAAUCUACAAUUCAAUAAAAGUCGACGAGUUUGAAUUAGCAUGGGAAGAUAUGAUCGACCGCUUUGCGGUCCGUGACAACGACAUGCAACGAAAGUUGUUUGAUGAUCGAGAACGGUGGGCCCCGGUUUACUUAAAAGACACGUUCCUCGCAGGUAUGUUGACUUUUCAACCGGUCGAGUCAACUGAGUCAACUGUCCCAUUUUUUCACGGGUACGUCCACCAAGAAACUUCUUUGAAAGAAUUUUUCGAGAUGCAUGAUUUAGUCAUCCAAAACAAGAUCCAAAAGGAAGCGUUUGAUGAUCGCGAGUCGACUCAGUCCACCCCAAAAUUAAAAACAAUAUGUAGAUACGAGUCACAGCUCGCGAAAAUAUACACGAAGGAAAUAUUUUCGCGAUUUCAAUUCGAAGUUGAAAUGAUGUCGAAUUGUUUUAGCGUAUCGCAAGUCAACACGAAUGGGUCAAUUGUGACGUAUAUGAUCACGGAGCAAGAAUCCGGUGCGGAGGGGAACACGGUAAGGAAUAUGGAGGUGAUGUAUGAUAAGAUAGGAGUGGAGGUUCGAUGCAUAUGUAGUUGUUUUAAUUUUAAGGGUUAUUUAUGUCGACAUGCGUUAUUGGUUUUAAAUCAUAAUGGGAUAGAGGAAAUACCGGGUCAAUAUGUUUUGUCAAGAUGGAGGAAAGAUUUUAAACGGGUUUAUGUGCCGGAUCUUGGGUCGGAUAGUGUGGAUACGGGUAACCCGGUUCAGUGGUUUGUGCAGUUGCAUAAACGGGCUUUACAAGUGGUUGAGGAAGGGAUGACGUCACAAGAACAUUAUAUGGCUGCUUGGCAAUCGUUUAAGGAAUCAUUGAAUAAGGUUAGGUUAGUGGCUGAUAAGAAUGGUCAAAGUGGUCAAAGUUAA